AUGAUGAAACUUCGUCAAACAAUAAAUAACAAGGGACUUCAGCCUCUUUUAGAUAUAAUUAAUGAUCUCGGGGGAUGGCCAAUGGUGGUUGGUAACGCAUGGAAUGAAAGCAAGUUUGAUUGGAUGAGAACUUUCUAUAAAUUGCGACAAUAUGGUUAUCUAGACUAUAUUUUAGGAAUAAUUGUUGGAGUCAAUAAAAAUAACAAAUCCAAACCUACAAUUGAAAUUGUGGAAGGAACUACCGCUUUAGAGCCCGAAAUUUUAACAAGUGGAUGGAGUCAUCCAAGAUUACAAAGCUACCACAAAUACAUGUUCGAUGUAGCAACACUUCUUGGAGCUGAUGCUCAAAUAGCAGACUGGGAAGUUUAUAAGACUAUCGACUUUGAAGCCAAGUUAGCAUACUACGUUGAUGACUCUCUUGUAAAUGAAUUCGUCGGAUCCAUAGCAGACGUGGCCUUUAAUGUACCUCAAAUACCAUGGUUGGAUUUGAUAAACAAUUUGACCUCUCCAGUAGCUAACUUUACGAUGACCGAUGAAAUUCGAGUAUUUAAUCAAGUAUAUUUGAAUGAUCUCCCACUGAUUUCAAAUAUAAGCAAAAGGACGGUGGUUAAUUACUUAAUAUGGAGAGUUAUCGAUGACUCAGCGCCCUAUAUAAGUAACGACAUUCGACAACUAUAUGAUAAUUUUAACGAUAUAAAUGAGCCCAGACAUAAGCACUGUCUAAAUCUUCUAAUGGAUGAUGAUGUCGGAAUACCUGUUGGCGUAGAUGCUAUUUACAUAAAAAAAUAUUCUAAUAAUGAUACAAGAGAUGAUGUUCAAAAUAUUAUACAAUAUAUAAAAGGUCAAAUGGAUUUCUUUAUAAAUCAGCUCACGUGGUUGGAUAAUCAAACUAGGAAUGGAGCCUUAGAAAAAGUACAUCGUAUGGAAAAAUAUACUACCCUGAUGACUUCUACAAUUACACAAAAAUGGAUAUGUUCAGUUCUAAAAAUAAGUGCUGCCAUGCUUCAAUCACCACUAUAUAGAGCUGAUUGGCCAAAUUACAUGAAAUAUGGCAUUGUAGGGGAGGUCAUUGGCCAUGAAAUGAUGCACGCAUUUGACAAUGGAUCAUUUCGCUUUGACGCGACCGGCAACUUGACUCAGUGGUACACAAACCAAAGUGCGUUGGAAUAUGAGAACAAAAUGCAAUGCUUCGUACAGCAUUAUGAAAAGUACCAUAUCAAAAGGCUAAAUUUAACUGUCAAUGGAAGCCGUACCUUGAAUGAAAAUCUUGCCGAUUAUGCUGGUGUGGUGAUGGGAUAUACCGGGUACAAAGAAUGGGUCGAAAAAAAUGGAAAAGAAUUGCCGCUUCCAGGGCUCAAUUACACCCCAGAGCAAAUCUUCUGGAUUAUGGUUGCUUCUCAAGACUGCAGCAAAUCUCGGCGAUCACAUAAAGAGUAUAUGUUGUUGAAUGAAGGGCAUACACUCGAAAAGUUUCGCGUGUUUGGUAUGGUGUCGAAUUCAGCCGACUUUGCGAAAGAUUUCAACUGUCCUGUUGGUUCAAGAAUGAAUCCUAAGAAAACAUGUAGCCUCCUGUGA